AAACUCACAUUACUCAGGAUGCUCGUGAAACGUUUGCGACACAUCAAAGCCAACAAGGCAACGGCCACCAAUCUGUGCCUGUCUCGAGUCUACGGCACGGAGACGGUUGAGAUGCCGAAGGGGGGUGCCUCAACUGCAGAGAUCGAAUGGCUGACACUGGAGCUGAAUGUGACCAAGCGGGCGAAUGCGGGCCUGCUUCACAAGUACAAGCGAACGUUGGCCGAAGGCGAGAAUAUGCGCAAUCGACUCAAUAAGCAGAUUGGCGAUGCCCGAAUCUUUGGCAUACAGGGCUUCUGCAAGGAUCUGAUCGAUGUGGCCGAUGUGCUUGGCCAGGCCACAGAGGCGGUGCCCAAGGAUCGCCUGGACACCAAUCCAGAUCUGCAGAGUCUUUACGAGGGUCUUCAACUGACACGCGCCUCGCUGCAGCAGGUGUUCAAGCGUCAUGGCCUGGAGACUCGAGAUCCGAUCAAUCAGAAAUUUGAUCCCAAUCAGCAUGAGGCGCUCUUCCAAACGGUUGGUGCUACGGUUGAGGCCGACACCGUGGUGCAAGUCACCAAACUGGGCUAUCAACUGCACAACCGUUGCAUUCGCCCCGCACUUGUGGGCGUGUCCAAGCGUUAAUCAACCAUAAUACAUUUGUACAAGCAACUUUGACACACACUCAAAAUCUAUACAGUAUACAAUAUACACUGUAAACACAAUUGUCCUUCUCUUGCCACAAAAUUCUCAUGCAUAUUAAGUUGCCACAAAGCCGUUAAAUAAAAGAAACCACAAAUAGAA